ACCAUACAGUCGAAUUUUGCUUCUAAAUUGUUCCCCGGUCUCACUAAUAGUCUGAUACUGCAUACUGACUGUGAUAAACUGUAUAAUUUUGUGACGUAGUAUAUCGUGAAUCUAACGCAAGUCGCAGGCGAUUUCAGUAACAAUAAAAGCUCCCAACAUACCACUUUGGCAAAAAGAGCUGAUCCAAAAAAAGCGUGCAGCUCAGAAAAAACGUUCUCCGGAAAAAGCGUUUAGUGUGCCAGAAUGGAAAACAGAAUUAUUAAAACGUCUUCAUUCUAAAACUGAGUUAACAGUGGAAAAUAAAAUGGAAAAUUCUUCGGACAAAAACGUUGAUGAUGGUCAUAUUGUUAAGGUUUCAGAUAAUGUUUUUAUGAGACAAGAACAAAAGCGAAAAGCAUCCGUCAGCCAAACAGUCAACCAUGUAUCAAAUCAAAAUCAAGUGGUUCCACCAUUAUCACCAGGCUAUCACGUGACGAGAACGGAUAACAUUAUCAUCAUUGAACGAGACGACGAGUUAAACAAAGUUCUUACAUCUGAUUCCCAAUCAGCACAGUCCGUGGUUCCUAAUGAAAAAAUUGACGAAGAAAUGCCAAGUGCAGGGAUUGUUAGUCGCUUGAAGAACAAAUUUAAAGAAAGCAGCAAUGCACCAGCAGUGAUUCAGAGAUCAGCCAGUUUAGAAAACCCGAUCCUCACAGAAAACAAACAAGUUAAGUCACCAACAAAAUCAGAUCAUUCGCUGACUUUUUCUCUUCCGGCAAGAAGUGUUUCUCAGUGUGAGCCUUUACGAUCGCCACAGCACAAUAAUACUUUAUCAUCAAAUAAAAUAAAUAGCUCCACCCACACAGUGACUUCCCCUACUUCUAAAACUGUGUCCUCACCUGAAAAGGAAACAAUUAAAAUCGACACAUCUGGGUUACAUGCUCCAGGAAUAGCAGCAACUUCUGAUGUUUCGAGACAAAAGGUAGAAAAAGUCACAUCUUCAGCAACUCCAUGUUUAACAUCUAAACCAUCUAUUCCCUUGAGAUCUGGAAGCAUUGAAAAAAAACCAAGCAACAAAAAAGCACCAACACAAAAUGCUCCACCACAAACAACCAACAACAAGAAAGAAAGUUUAAAUGAUGAUUUUUCUACAAGUUCUAAAGCACUUCAUGAAAAUGAUAAAAAUUCAAAGGUUUUAACUGGAUCACUUGUCCCAAACCAAUUUGAAAAACAGUCUUCUCAGGUUCAACCAAACAAAUCAAAUAAAGAAAACUUUGAGAUUGUUAACCUUGGUAAAACAUCUUUAGAUCCAAGCACACUUAAAUCAAAAGCUGCAAUAAUGGCAAAUGAGAUCAUGAAAGAAUCAAAAACCAUUUGUAUAAUUCCUAACCGCCAAAGUCAGACGCCUGAUCAUAAAGACGUGACAACCAAUUCCAUUCCAUCUUCAUCAGUAGACGAUGUCAUAACUGAUCAAAUUCCUAUUGUUCCGAUAAGAAAGAAGAAACAUGUUCAUACUAAACUAAUUUCUGACACUUUACCAGUUGGUUCAAUACUUGUUCAAAACGAGGAACCUAAAAAGUCAACUGCACCAACCCCAAGUAAUAAUGCUACUGGUUUAUUGUUUGGAAAAAGAGGAAUUCCAAGCAAGGGAUUCGGUGGUGGAAACAGCUUUGUUGUUGAUCCCAGAAAGUUCAAACGGGGAAAUCCAUCCCCCAAUACAACUAUUAAGAAGCAAAAUCCACCGAAUGAAUCCACAAAUACUGAAGCCAUUGCUCCUGAAUCUGUGCAACAUAAUAAGCAGGUUUGUGAAACUGAUGCACCGCCAAAAGGGAAACGUAAAUUAACAGUUGACCAAAUAACUGUGAUUGGUGGUUACGUUAAACUUGAUCGACCAACAUUAGUUUCAACAAAGAAAACUAAAGACGUGACAAGGCAUGUGAAGUUUGAUUCUGAACACAUGGAAUCCACGUUUCAUUAUCCUUCUGAAAAUUCAUUGUUAAAUGAGAGUGGCAUGAAAGGGAAUAUAAUGAACAAACCUGCAUAUGGAAAAGAAAGCAGUUUGGGUAAAUAUACUCCAAAAUAUCUUCUCUCGAUGAAAGAAACAUUGGAUGGUGAUUUGGAAACCGAUACAGUUUCUGAAGUAAAUAAUGAAGAAGAAGAGAUGCUGAAUGCUGUUCCUCUGAAAGACGAAGAUGCUUCAGCGUUUAGUUCAUCAUCUGCAGAUCUUUUAUUUUAAAUUUUUAAAUCAAUUAAUAAUCACUUUAGAAGGUAGCAACUUGAAUUUAUUUAUUAACCCUUUAAUUACUUGUGCAAUAUAUAAAAAAAAACAUUCCUGGUGAUUUAGAACUGUAAUUGUGUUCAGUGUUGAGCACUGUUUUUACAUAUGUUACAGAAAAAUGCACUUUUAUCGGUUCAUUUUAAAAACCAAUGGUGGGUUUGUGUUUAGAUAUAAAUGCACUUUUUAUAUAUGUUACUGAAGCAUUGGUUUUCUAAAUAUCAGCUUUACUUGUUUUAGUUUAUUCAAGUUGUUGUUCAAAUUUUGCAAUACAGGGGGAAUUGGUGACAAAA